CGAAACAGAAAAGCUGGCCAGGCUACCAGAACGUUGAAAGCGUGUGAAUUGUGUAGAAAGCAAAAGACUCGUUGUUUCCGGUCUCCCGAGAAUAAAGCUUGUUUGAGAUGUACUUUCCUCAGCAAGCUGUGUUCCUUUGAAGUUACACUUGAAUCUCUUCCUUUAACGCCUUCAAAUAGCUCGUCCAUCAACACUUUACUUCUGGAUCAAGCUGAGACGAAUAGGAAGUUGGAUCUAAUAUACAGUGGGCUCCGUGAAGUCCUUCACCAUAUAAAGGGACCCGAAAAGUCAGACUCAAAUUCAAACUCACAUUCACAUUCACAUCCACAUCUACAUUCAACUCCUGGUUUGAUAAACAAUGAUGAUGCUCCUUCUCUGAAGAUGUCUCCUUUCUCUAUAGUGAACAACCAAUUGAAACCUGUUGAUGUUCCUCGACCCAUUCUCAACUUGCUCAAUUUGUCUACUAUAACUGGCAACAGAGGCAGAAACAGUUACUUUGAGCUGACAGACGAUUUGUUAACUUUAGGGAUAUUGAGUGAAUCAGAAACUGUGGAUCUCAUGAACGAUUUUCGUAGAAAUUACGGGAGAUGGGUUUCUUUUCCCCUGAAUCUCUCAACAUCAGUUUUGAUUGAUAGAAUUCGUCACAAAUCUUCAUUAUUAUUAACGACUUGUUGUUGUAUAUCGUUGAGGUAUUCCUUGAAUAGUAACAAUUCCAACGAUAAGGAAAACUUGCAAAGAAUGAAGAAAUCUUACAGAGAUCUAGUGAAACAAUUGAUUAGAGACUUAGACAGAUCGUUGAUUAAGUUUGGAGCCUUCCAAGGUGCUAGUGAUCUAGGUGGAGAUAUAGAAUUUUUACAGGCCAUGGUUAUUCUAUCAAUCUACCUGUUUUCAAUCUCUUCCAUAGUGCCUAGCACAAUUAACGAAGCAAGCUUGAUUGAAGACGAAUCAGAUCUCAAUCUCAGAGACUUUAAUUUGGAUCCAUGGUUUUUGUCAAGUAUUGGCUUGACUACAUUUAUCACCAAGUCUACGUUUGGUACUCUUUUCAAGAGUAAUAAAAAGGGAAUUCCUUCUAAGUCAACAGUAGGUAAAAAAAGCUUUCCUUUCACAAUAUUGUAUGAUGAACUUGAUUCUGACGAAUACCAGACAUUGACCACUUUAAGAAUCUACAAUCAUAUGUGUUUGGUACAUCUCAUUCAGUGCGUAUUCUCUGGCAGAAUGUGCGUUUUAGAUGAGAUUAGAAUUAACUAUUGCACAGCUACACUAAGUUUGCCCAGUGCUACCAAUUUUGAUGGACGGAUGGUGAGUGAAAUUGGAAUCUUACUUAUUGCCUACAACUACAUGCAAAUCUUAAGUAUGACAGACUCAGGUAGCCUUAGUGAGUGUGAGCUGAAUUUCCUUUCUGUCAAAGAGGAGAUUGGCCAGUGGUAUGAGCAAUGGGAGUACUUGUUCUCACAACCAGCUUUGCAGUUUGUAGAAUUGAACUAUAACUUCUGUAAUUUGAUAAUUCAUUACGGCUACACCUACCAGAAAAUGAGCAUUAUGAAGCCACUUAAUAAGGAAAACUCUCCUGACAACGGUGGAGAUUUAUUAGCCACAGCUCCCAUGUACGAGGAACGAAACAUCUCAUAUAUUCUUGAAAAUAGUGACAGAAAUUCAUUGUCCAAAAUGUUCCAUCACUCGUACAAUGUUGUCAAAUUCGUUAAUGAUAUAGAAAGUGACUCUUACUUUGCCUACCUCUCAGACCAACUUCACUUCUGCUUCUAUUUCAGUGGGAUCUGUUUGGUGAAUAUACUAAGGUAUGUCAUUGAUAAUGGCCAACUAAACGUAUUGGGCGGCUCGGAAGUGCUGGAGAUAGUGAAAGACAUUAGGAACUUGAUUGACAAAUUCAGCAGAGUGGGUCAAGAUAAUCAAGAUGACAUUAUAACGAAGUACAAGAUCGGGUUAGAGAACCACCUAAGUGAGUACUUAUCAUAA